AUGGAUCCCUCACUGCAAAUCGUUUCUCCCAAAUCGCAUAGCAUAUACUUCGAUCUACAAGGAGAAAGUUAUAGUCGACCGAUUUGUGGGAUCGUUGCUUUUCGACCAGACAAAAAUGAUAAUUUUACGACUUUUACACAACUCAGAGUCCGACUGGUUCGCACCAUCAAGUUCAAUCCAAGCCCAGUCCCCACAUGUCAGAGUCAAGGACUCUUGAAGUGUUUAAGCCUUCGCUUCACGAAGGCAAAGCCCACAGAGAUCACCAAGAGCUGCUCCACAAUAGAAGAGACACAACUGCCCAUAGCCUCUCUCUCCGAUAAUCAAGUCAACUGUCCUUCAACAGACGGACAAGAUGUCCGAAUUCCAUUCACAAUUUCCAUACCAGUCGAUAUACCAGGGUCUGUGACUACAAGCCUGGGCGAGAUUUCAUACGACUUGAUUGCAUCCAUGAUCACCGGAGAUGAGACCAUUGCAAAUGCAAGGCAAUCUAUCUAUCUCGACCGCCAAGUUAUCUCACCCAAGCCUACCAUCGAACAUGCACGAUCCUAUCCGAACUCCAAGGUGGUUACGCAAAUAUGUCUCUCUCAACACCUGCAUACGAAGUCGGAGUCGGAUCUCUCAUUCUCCAUGAACAUCAAACUACGAAGCCCAAGCGUUCCUGGAGAACGUCCAUCGGAGUUCAAAUGUACUAUGAUCCGGGGAAUUAGAUUCCGGGUAGAAGAAGUGACGAGGAUAUUUGCCAAAUCCGAUGACACGAAUCAUAGCAUAGAAGGGCACAACCAGGAAGGGCAGCAGGUCAACGUGCGGGAGAUAUGCAAUGGACGAGAAAAGAGCCAUUGGGUGAAAAUAAUUGAGAACCCAGUCGAAAUGCACCAGAACAACCGCCCGAUCAACAGCUCUGUGGAUGUCAUGUUCGGGUGCACGAUCUCGAAAAAUAUCAAGCCCGCGCAAAGGACUGAUUUGGCAUGCUAUGCUUUUGAGCCAGCACAAUUGGAUCCUGGUUCAUUGAAUGGGGGCUUGAGUGAAAAUUUUGUCUCUAAUACAAGGGAAAACCUGGUCAUGACGGUUGAGCAUCGAUUGAAGCUUGACUUGCUAACGGGUGAGGAUACAUUUGAACGAGGCACUUUGGUUCUCGUCGAUCGUAAACCGGUACGCGUCGCUUUGAAUGCUUCAUUCCCGUUACUUGUGUCCGGAUGCAAUGAUAAGGAUAUAGGGCCAGCGGCUCUGGAAAGAUAUCCCCCGCGGUACGAAGAGGUUCCUAUAGCACCUCCGGGCUAUGAUCGGUUUGUUGAAUCGUCUUUGUCAGUUAGUUAG